AUGUAUAUUUUUCGUAGGUACCGGGGAUUGAUUCUGGUACUAACGUUCCUGUGCUACACUACUUUUCAUCUCUCACGGAAGCCCAUUAGCAUUGUAAAGAGCGAACUGCAUUAUAACUGUUCUUCACGGGGAUCCAGGCCAAACAAUGCGUCCAACAGCACCACGUGGUGUGACUGGAAGCCCUUCGAUCAGGAUAACUACAAGGAGCUAUUUGGAGCCCUGGACAAUGCUUUCUUGGUGGCUUAUGCAAUUGGGAUGUAUAUCAGUGGGAUUUUCGGCGAGCGACUUCCUCUGCGCUACUACCUCUCCGGAGGCAUGUUGCUCAGUGGCUUAUUUACUGCCUUGUUUGGACUGGGCUACUACUGGAAUAUCCACCAGUUAUGGUACUUCAUAUUGGUACAGAUCCUGAACGGCUUGGCUCAGACAACUGGAUGGCCUUCAGUGGUGACGUGUGUCGGCAACUGGUUUGGAAAGGGGAAGCGAGGUUUAAUCAUGGGCAUCUGGAAUUCACACACGUCUGUCGGAAAUAUCUUGGGGUCCUUGAUUGCUGGCAUCUGGGUUUCAACGGCGUGGGGACUGUCCUUCAUUGUACCUGGAAUCAUUAUAGCCUUGAUGGGUGUUAUCUGCUUCCUGUUCCUCAUUGAAUACCACAUUUAUUUAAGUGGUUGUCACCACCUAGUGGCAGAUAACAACAUCAUUGCAUUCUUCCCCAGCAAAUGCAAGGAUAAUUACUAUGAUACAU